GAAUGAGUCUGUCUGCGAGUGUGUGAGUCAUAUCUGCAUUUUUAGGGGUUUAGUGGGUCAUCGCUUUAGUGGGAAGUGCUUGUAUGGAUGUUGGUCAGUGAGAUGUAGGUGGAACAGACCACCAUGUGUAAUUCAUUGUGACAGCAAGAUCAAAGCAUCUCCAGAGGGCUCCUCUGAAGGGUUAGAUAUCACACAAAUGGCACAUGUAGAUAUGUGCUGUUUCCCUUCAGCUUCUGUACUCAAAAAACAAUCAAAAUAAUGAUCCCUUCUCCUUCCCCCUUCUGUUUCAUCACUUCUUUCCCUCCUCUUUCUGUCUGCACUCAGAGGCUGAAGGAUGAGAUAGCAGAGGUGACCAGCGAGAUUGAAAACCUGGGCCUGACUGAAGAGAGGAAAAACAUGCAAAGGAAUAGACAGAUGGCCAUGGGCCGAAAAAAGUUCAACAUGGAUCCUGCGAAGGGCAUUCGCUUCUUGAUCGACUGUUCGCUGCUGAAAAACACCAGUGAAGACAUUGCCCAGUUUCUGUAUAAGGGGGAGGGGCUUAACAAAACCGCCAUCGGUGACUAUCUGGGCGAGAGAGAUGAAUUCAACAUCAAGGUCCUGCACGCCUUCCUGGAGCUGCACGAGUUCACAGACUUGAACCUGGUUCAGGCUCUCAGGCAGUUUCUGUGGAGCUUUAGGCUGCCCGGCGAGGCCCAGAAAAUCGACCGCAUGAUGGAGGCGUUUGCUCGGCGAUACUGUCACUGCAACCCCGGAGUGUUUCAGAGCAUCGAUACCUGUUACGUGUUGUCGUUCGCCGUGAUCAUGUUGAACACCAGUCUACACAACCCCAACGUGAAGGACAAACCCUCUGUUCAGAAAUUCACAGCAAUGAACAGAGGAAUCAAUGAUGGAGGAGACCUACCGGAGGACCUGCUCAGGAACCUGUACGACAGCAUCAAGAACGAACCUUUUAAGAUCCCAGAGGAUGAUGGGAAUGACCUCACACACACCUUCUUCAACCCCGACAGAGAAGGGUGGCUGCUCAAACUCGGAGGUGGAAGAGUGAAGACCUGGAAGCGGCGCUGGUUUAUUCUCACUGAUAACUGUCUCUACUACUUUGAAUACACCACUGACAAAGAACCCAGAGGGAUUAUUCCACUGGAAAAUCUAAGCAUCAGAGAAGUCGAGGACUCAAAGAAGCCGAACUGCUUCGAGCUGUUCAUCCCCAACCACAAAGAUCAGGUGAUCAAGGCCUGCAAGACGGAGGCAGACGGCCGCGUCGUCGAGGGAAACCACACUUUCUACAGAAUCUCCGCCCCAACUGCGGAGGAGAAGGACGAAUGGAUCAAAAGCAUCAAGGCUGCAAUCAGCAAAGACCCGUUCUAUGAGAUGUUAGCUGCUCGGAAGAAGAAGGUCUCCUCCCUGAAGGGGAUGUAGAGCUGCUGAGGAUAAAACAACCGCAAGCCUGUUUCAGGUGGACCUGACAUUCCCGCUGCAGACCUGAACCUGGCGGAGGAUUCACCUCUUAAAGCGGCUUGUCUUUUGUCCCCUUUUCAACAGACACACCUUCAGAACCAGCGCUCCCUUCUUUACAGGUCUGACCUCCUGCCGACACUUUAUUUCCCAUCUGCAGAUAAUGUUAUUCAGACAGAGACUCUUUUGUUUGCUGAAACGUCACCUUUUUAAAGACCUGCUGCUGCGGUGCCCUCCGGUUAGCUCUCCCGCUCAUCGUGAAACCUGCUGUAAGGACUGUUGACAAGCAUUUGAAUGACCUCUGAGCCUUUUCGCACAAUCAGUGUUUGGUCUGCUUGAGUACAGCAAGUCCCUACAGCUGCUGAAAACAGAGAGAGCGCUGGAAAUGUUGUCAGUUCACGUCUCCAGAGGAGUGAACUACGAAGCGAGGUUAAUGAGUUAGCUAGGUAGCGAGCCUGAAGUUGUUUUGUUGUUGUUGUUGUUCAGAGUUUUGGUUUAAAAUCAACAGCAAAAAGCAGCCCAGUGACAAACUAACAACACAUAAGGCGGUACACGAAAACCUGCUCAAAAAAAGCUGUGUGUUUACAGUGACUUAAAUCAAAUUCAAUUCAAUUCAAUUUUAUUUACAUAGCGGCAAAUCACAACAACAGUCGCUUCAAGGCGCUCAAAUCAACGAUGCCGACAAUACGUUUCAGUGCUCCUGCUUGUCUCUGCAGAUCUUAAUUCUCCAUCGGAUUAAGGUCUGCAGUUUUCCUAGCUGCAAAAUCCAAAACGUAAAUCUGAUCUGGAAACCAGCAAGAAGUUAUCACUUCUGUCCUGUGGUGUGGUCCACCAUCAAGCUGGAAAUGGACUGUCACCAGAUUGCUCCUAAAUCAUUGUAAGGAGUUGUUUGUUUGUUUUUUAGUAUUAGUAUAUUUUUUAGUAUUUAGUAUUGUUAAUACAGUACCUAUUGACCCUUGGUAAGUAUAUUAAAAUUAUGCCAAUAAAAAUAACAGAAAUAGAAAACUUGCGAUUGUUCUUCACCAUCAAAGAAAAAUACACAUCACCAUUCUAAUUACACUCACAGUCACACCUACAGACACCUGUUAACCUAACACGCACACCUGGAGAAAACCCAAGACAUUCAUGCUGCAAGACAGCAGUCCUGACCCUCAUAAAAUAAGAAUUCAUAUGAUGAAGUGGCAAAGGAAAUAAACAGUGAGUAAUACUAUUAAUAUAAAUAAGUAAAGUUAAUCACAGCUGUAGCAGACUGGAGUUUGGGUUAUGUUGAAAUGUGCCUGCUUCAUAGUGCACUCCUCUGGACGGAAAAGUUUGAGAUAAAAUAAACGACUCCUCGUGAAAGCUGCACAGCAGCAGAAUCUGAGAUUCGGACUUUUCUGAAGCUGACGAAGAUUCAGUUCAGGACUCAGUCGAGACUCUGAGCAGCAUUUAGUUGCCAUACAUUUCCCCCCCCCCUGCCCCGUUUUGUUACUGCUGUUGAUCUUCUGUCCAUGAAAAGGAAAGUAAAACAGAAAUAGUCAAAUAUUUAUUUAUCCACAUUUCUUGUAAUUUAUUGUUUUUGUCUCAAUAAAAGUUUGCAAAGAA